GAAAGAGGAACAAGAGAAAAAAAGUUUUAAGUAAGGGUGGUGGAGAGAGAGACAGAGAGAGAGAAAGAGAGAGAGAGAGAGAGAGAGAGAGAGAGAGAGAGAGAGAGAGAGAGAGAGAGAGAGAGAGGGAGGUCUUUACUCUCUGGGACUUAGUUUUUAACUGCCUGCACCAGUCCCACAAUCUGAGUGUGUCUGGGCUAGACCACAGGGACAGAUCCCAGGUGAAAUACACUUCCAAAAAGAGGAGACUGUGUGUGGUUGUGAGUGUUAAUAGGUGUUUAAGAAAAUGACCAAAAGGCCUGCAUCUAGUCAAAAAGAUGGAAAAGUCGCAGCGAAUGGACACCAAAAUGGAGCUCAGUCAGAUCCAGGUGGGAAACCGCAGGGUGACAGGAAGGUGGGCCUGGGGAAGAAGGUGACCCUGCUCCGUGGGAUCUCCAUCAUCAUCGGGACCAUUAUAGGAGCUGGGAUCUUCAUCUCUCCAAAGGGCAUCCUGAAGCACUCAGGCAGCAUAGGAAUGUCCCUGAUUGUUUGGAUCGCCUGCGGUGUGCUGUCACUAUUCGGAGCCCUGUCCUACGCUGAACUUGGCACUUGUAUUAAGAAGUCUGGUGGACAUUACACAUAUAUACUGGAAGCCUUUGGACCUCAGAUGGCUUUCGUAAGGCUAUGGGCUGAUCUUAUCGCUAUAAGGCCUGCAGCGAUGGCAGUCAUCUCUCUGGCCUUUGGUCAGUAUAUCCUGGAGCCUCUGUUCAUGCCCUGUGACAUCCCCCCUGUAGCUGUCAAACUGGCCACUGCCAUCAGCAUAACUUCUGUUAUGUAUCUGAAUAGUAUGAGCGUGACGUGGACAGCUAGGAUUCAAAUCUUCCUCACCUUCAGCAAGCUGCUGGCCAUCAGCCUCAUCAUAGUGCCUGGAAUGUACCAGCUCUUUAAAGGAGAGACCACAAACUUUGAGAAUGCCUUUGAGCUGAGCAAUGUGAAGCUGUCUGGUAUGCCACUGGCCUUCUACUCAGGGAUGUAUGCAUAUGCUGGGUGGUUCUAUUUGAACUUUGUGACAGAGGAGGUAGAUAACCCUGAGCGGACUGUGCCAUUAGCUAUCUGUAUCUCCAUGGGGAUUGUGACUUUGUGCUACGUGCUGACCAACAUUGCAUACUACACUGUGAUGUCAGCUGAGGAGCUCCUGGCCUCAGAGGCAGUCGCUGUGACAUUUGCAGAGAAGCUGAUGGGGAACUUCUCGAUAGCAGUACCAGUGUUUGUGGCCUUGUCCUGCUACGGCUCCAUGAAUGGCUGUCUCUUUGCCUUAUCAAGAAUGUUCUAUGUGGCAUCCCGUGAAGGACAGCUCCCUGAGGUUUUGUCUAUGGUCCACGUUCGCAGACACACUCCACUGGCUGCUGUCCUCAUACUGUACCCUAUGACCAUACUGCAGCUGUUUGUUGGAGACAUCUACAGCCUGUUGAACUUCAUGAGCUUCCUGCGGUGGCUGUUCAUCGGUGUGGUGGUGCUGGGUUUAAUCUACCUCCGCUACACAAAACCUGAUCUUCCCCGCCCCUUUAAGGUCCCGCUUUUCAUCCCAGUGGUGUUCUGCUUCACUUGUUUCUUCAUGGUCUUCCUUUCUCUGUACUCGGAUCCCAUCAACACAGGGAUUGGAUUUGCCAUUUCCCUCACUGGCAUCCCUGCCUACUAUAUCUUCAUUUACUUUAACCGCAGACCAAAGUGGCUUCAGAGGGCUUUAGAUUCCUUCAACAGAACCUUGCAGAUCCUCCUGUUAGUUGUCCCUGUCGAGCAAUAACAGCUCACAACCACUACAUCACCUACUUAGAGUAGUUACUGAGCUGAACUCUACCCAAGAGAGUGAAACUGCUGUUGUACCUUCCAAAACUCUUGUAGCACAAAGAUUUAAAGUUAUAAAUGUCUCUGCUGAAUCUGACUUUAUAUAAUGCAUUUUAUUAAGAAUAACAAUUUAUGUUGAAAGAAGUGAAUUUAUACAGUAUGUAUCAUGUUUAAGGUUAUGUUUUAUGUUUCAUUAUGAUUAUGUAACAGCAAAUGGCCAUCUGAUCACCAUUUUCCCCUCAACCCACACAAACUAUGUCUGAACAGAGCAGGUCACUGCACAUGAUACAAACAUUGUCUGGACUAAUGUGAUUUUAUUGUCUGAUUUUUUGUAGAAAGGUUUGUCCCAUGUUUUUUACAGUUUCCUUGAAGUCUAAGCAACCACAGACUCAAAUGUGUUAUUUAUGGAGCUUAGUUCAUUUGUUUGUGGUGGUUUGAAUAUCAAACAACGCCUCAGCAAAUCCAUCAAGUUGCAGUUACAGUUUACAUCCAUGUCUGUGAAAACAUGGGUGCUUCACACACAUCUUCCCCCCAACAGCACAGAAGAUCUACACAAUCAGCACUGUUUCAAGGUGGACACCCAAGAUGAGUGUCACAGAUUCAGUAUCUGACCAAAUGUUUCCCCUUCUCUUCCUGAGAUAUGAUGUUGAAUAAUGGCAAGAAACAUGUUUUUUGAGAACAGAUGUCACAGUGAAGUUGACUUUUGACCUUCAGAUAUAAAAUAUCAUCACUAUAUCAUUAUAUCCUAUUUAUGUGAAAUAUUUUCAUAGUUAGCAUAUGGGAAAAAUAGGACAAUAGGAACAACAGGUAGACAACAACAAUAGGAAGAACAGACAACCUGAAAACAUAAUUCCUCCACCCAUGGCCCGGAGCUUGCCGGCACAGAGGGUUUAGCAUGAUAAAAGGCUAAACUUUAGGAUUCAUGCCUAGAAGUAGGUGCUCCACUGACCCAAAACAGCAUAGUAAUGACAUGUCAGUAAUAAUAUCUGUUUGUGUAAACAGGCUUUGACAGUUAGUGCAGAUUUGGAUCUAGUUGCAGGUUGAAAAUACCACAAUUUGCUCAAUGGCUAACAAAUCUAAACCUUAGUCAGUCCUUGUUUUUUUUAAUUUGCAAUGUGCACAUCAUUCAGGUAACAUUAGCAGGCUUCUCAAUUUUAUAUAUCUCUGAAAACUGCUCUCUGUGGCUGGUAGAUGACAGUAUCUGGCAGACUACAGUAUAUCAGCAGAACAAAGUGUCUUUUUUAAGUUUUUAAAAACUGGUGGGACAAAAACUACUUUUCACAGAUGCAAAACUAGAUAACUAUCCAGAUUUAUAUUUUGACAUAAUUCACUAUUUCACAUUUUCCAUACGGUUUGUGACACAUUUUAAAUAUACCUGUUCUCCUCAACUUGCUGUCACACUGCUUCGUUCCUCGUCUGUAUGCACUGUCAGUUUGGGUAGCUACAUUUGCUCUGCUGAGCAAGCCCAAUUUCAUCUUGCUGUCCUGUUUCUUUCAUGUUUUGGUAAUCCUCUCAGAAAGAUGCCUCACAGACUUACAGGCACAGGUCUUGACCAGGGACAAGCCCCUACCAAUAAAACACAAAGGAUACAAAUAAACUGUCUUCAGGC